AUGAGUGAUAAUUGUGAAGGAGAUAGAAAUAGUGGCCACAAUGAAUAUGGAGGAGCAAGCUCGAUAGAGAGAAAGAAUUUGGGCAGAAAACAUACUCGUUAUACUAGUGAUCAAGUUGAAGUAAUGGAAGAAGUGUUUAAGAUGUUGCAACAUCCUGACGAAAAGGACAGACAAGAACUAAGCACUAAACUGGGUCUCACAUCACAGCAAAUUAAAUUCUGGUUUCAGAACCGGCGCACCCAAGUAAAGGUUCAGCAGGAGCGUACUGACAACGCUAAUUUGCGUACGGAAAACGAGAGAUUCCGACUGGAUAGACAGGCGCUGGGAAAUACACUUAACAAUAUCAGGUGUCAAACGUGCGGAGGAUCUAAUUUCAUGACAGAGAUGGUUUGCAAACAGCAAAGCUUGGCUCUAGAAAAUGAGCUUUUAAGAACGGAGAUUGAAAAACUGAAAGCAGUUGCCUCGAAUUGUGUUGGAAGAACAAUCCCCUUGUUAGAAACCAGAGCAGAUCAAUCACAGAUGAUGUACUCUUCACACCAUGAAGAGGGAAGCUCAGGACAGAACCAGAUUACAUUGCCCACACCCACUUGUGUUUCAUUGGAUGAAUCCUCGGCAAUGGAAGCUGCGCAAAAGGCCACUGAAGAAUUUAUCUGGAUGGUAGACGCAAACGAGCCUGUUUGGGUGAAGAAACCUUUUGCGGAUGGUACAAUAAAAAUUCUGAAUACCAAUGAGUUGUACGGAACAUUUCCUCAGGGCAUGGGGUUCAGCAGCAACAUGAAGAGAGAAGGCAGCAGGGACACCUCAAUUGUUUCUAUCACAGGAGCUGAAUUGGUUGAUCUCUUCAUGGAUGUGAAUAAAUGGAAGAAAAUAUUUUCAUUAAUUGUAACAAGAGCAGGGACCUUGCAAGUUGUGUCUCAAGGGGUUGGUGGUCACAGAAAUGGUUUACUUCAACUGAUGUAUGCUGAGCUACAGAUUCUAUCUCCUCUUUUUCCCACGAGACAUAUAUCUUUUCUUCGGUUUUCCCAGCAGCCAACCAAUGGAAUGUGUAUAGUGGUAGACUUUUCUCUAGAAAAUUUGAACUACAGUAUUUCGCCCUCCGUUGGAUGGUACCAUAAGCAUCCGUCUGGAUGUGUUAUACAAGAUAUGCCUAAUGGGUGUUCAAAGGUGAUUUGGAUAGAGCAGGGUGAGACAGAUUAUAGAAUAGUUCAUAAAAUAUUUGAGCAAGUCAUCAACAGCGAAAUGGCCUUUGGCGCCCAGCAUUGUCUGACAUGCUUGCAGAGCUGUUUACCGGACAAAUAUGAUAAGAUUGGCGCAGAACAUAAGCAGUCAAUUUGUUGCAAACAUAACAACGACCCUAUUAAAAUCACAACAAGAAACGCUUCCGAAGUCGGACAAUCCAGUGGUGUUAUUGUCUGUGUUGGAACUUCUAUCAAGCUUUCUGUCCCCCCAAACGUACUGUUUAAUUUUUUGGGGGAUGAGCGAACCGCAUCAAAGUACAAACUAUUAUCAUGUGGAGAAUGGAAGGAACUCACAAGCAUUGGAAAUGGAUCAGACCCUUCAAAUUGCAUUUCAUUGUUUGCUGUUUAUUGUGAAGGCGAGACAGAGAAGAUGCUGAAACAAAGUUACAGAGACGCAUCGGGGUCUUUUUGUGUGUAUACAGCCAUUAAUGUUGACAUCAUCCAUGGUAAGGAUGCUUCUUCAUUACCCAUUGCCGCUCAUCAUGGAUUUGCAGUACUACCAUAUCAUACUUCAACUGCCGUUAAUUCACUUAUACCAACCACUAUAUUACAUGAGGAAGCCUCGGCCACCAGCCUUGACAGUGUAGGUUCAGUACUUACACUAAUAUUCCAAAAUAUUGAGACAGAGUUUACCAACUGCAGUCUGAGCGGUGCAUAA